AUGGAUCAGCCUGAGGACAGAGAGGAGGGAGUCCCUCCCUCUAAAAGCACUCUGUGUGGGGAAGCUGAGAGCCAGAGCCACGCUCAGAGGAUCCAUCAGAGACUGAAACCAGAACCAGAACCAGAACCAGAACCCAGCUGUGUGUCCUUUAAGAGCGACAGGUCAAAGGGUGGUCUCAUUAACUUCAAAUCUCCAGGACCUGCAUCCUCAGAGAGAGUGGACCAGCAGAACUCAGAGGUUCCCAGAGGUCCGUCUGCCCGGCAGCAUCAAACCCAGCUGGACUCCAUAUUUAUGCUGCUGGAGGACAACAUUGUCACUUUUGUGAAGAAGGAGCUGAAGAAGAUCCAGAAGGUUCUGAGUCCAGAUGACCCAGACUGCUCAGAGAGUCAGAGAGAUGAUGAGGAGGUGUUGGAAGGUGAGGAUGAAGAGCAGAGGAGGAGCAGCAGAGAGGCUCUGAUGAAGAUCACUCUGAACUUCCUGAGGAGGAUGAAGAAGGAGGAGCUGGCUGACCUUCUGCAGAAACAUCUUACUACAGUUCAGCAUAAACUGAAAUCUGGUCUGAAGAAGAAGUUCCAGUGUGUGUUUGAGGGGAUCGCUAAAGCAGGAAGUCCAACCCUUCUGAACCAGAUCUACACAGAGCUCUACAUCACAGAGGGAGGGACUGGAGAGGUCAAUGAUGAACAUGAGGUCAGACAGAUUGAAACAGCAUCCAGGAAACCACACAGACCAGAAACAACCAUCAGACAAGAAGACUUAUUUAAAGUCCCACCUGGAAGAGACCAACCAAUCAGAACAGUGAUGACAAAGGGAGUGGCUGGCAUUGGGAAAACAGUCUUAACCCAGAAGUUCACUCUGGACUGGGCUGAAGACAAAGCCCACCAGAACAUCCACUUCAUAUUUCCAUUCACCUUCAGAGAGCUGAGUGUGCUGAAAGAGAAAAAGUUCAGCUUGGUGGACCUUGUUCAUCACUUCUUUACUGAAACCAAAGAAAUCUGCAGCUUUGAACACUUCCAGGUUCUGUUCAUCUUUGAUGGUCUGGAUGAGAGUCGACUUCCUCUGGACUUCCAGAACCAGGAGAUCCUGACUGAUGCUACAGAGUCCACCUCAGUGGAUGUUCUGCUGACAAACCUCAUCAGGGGGAAACUGCUUCCCUCUGCUCGCCUCUGGAUAACCACACGACCUGCAGCAGCCAAUCAGAUCCCUCCUGAGUGUGUUGGCAUGGUGACAGAGGUGAGAGGGUUCACUGACCCACAGAAGGAGGAGUACUUCAUGAAGAGAUUCAGAGAUGAGGAGCAGGCCAGGAGGAUCAUCUCCCACAUGAAGACAUCAAGAAGCCUCCACAUCAUGUGCCACAUCCCAGUCUUCUGCUGGAUCACUGCUACGGUUCUGGAGGACGUGUUGGAGACCAGAGAGGGAGGAGAGCUGCCCAGCACCCUGACUGAGAUGUACAUCCACUUCCUGGUGGUUCAGACCAAAGUGAAGAAGGUCAAGUAUGAUGGAGGAGCUGAAACAGAUCCACACUGGAGUCCAGAGAGCAGGAAGAUGAUUGAGUCUCUGGGAAAACUGGCUUUUGAUCAGCUGCAGAAAGGAAACCUGAUCUUCUAUGAAUCAGACCUGACAGAGUGUGGCAUCGAUAUCAGAGCAGCUUCAGUGUACUCAGGAGUGUUCACACAGAUCUUUAGAGAGGAGAGAGGAGGACUGAUCCAGAACAAGGUGUUCUGCUUCGUCCAUCUGAGUGUUCAGGAGUUUCUGGCUGCUCUUCAUGUUCAUCUCACCUUCAUCACCUCUGGUGUCAACCUGAUGGAAGAAACAAAAAGAACCGCUAAGAGACGCAGACUGAAGCCUUUUCAUCAGAGAGCUGUUGACCAGGCCUUACAGAGUCCAAAUGGACACCUGGACUUGUUCCUCCGGUUCCUCCUGGGACUUUCACUCCAGACCAAUCAGAGACUCCUACAAGGUCUGCUGACACAGACAGGAAGUAGCUCACAGACCAAUCAGGAAACAGUUCAGUACAUCAAGGAGAAGAUCAGUGAGAAUGUGUCUGCAGAGAAAAGCAUCAAUCUGUUCCACUGUCUGAAUGAACUGAAGGAUCGUUCUCUAGUGGAGGAGAUCCAACAGUCUCUGAGUUCAGGAAGUCUCUCCACAGAUAAACUGUCUCCUGCUCAGUGGUCAGCUCUGAUCUUCAUCUUAGUGUCAUCAGCAGAAGAUCUGGAUGUGUUUGACCUGAAGAAAUUCUCUGCUUCAGAGGAGGUUCUCCUGAGGCUGCUGCCAGUGGUUAAAGCCUCCAACAAAGCUCUACUGAGUGGCUGUAACCUCUCAGAGAGAAGCUGUGAAGCUCUGUUCUCAGUUCUCAGCUCCCAGUCCUCCAGUCUCAGAGAACUGGACCUGAGUAACAACAACCUGCAGGAUUCAGGAGUGAAGCUUCUCUCUGCUGGACUGGAGAGUCCAAACUGCAGACUGGAAACUCUCAGCUUGUCAGGCUGUCUGGUCUCAGAGGAAGGCUGUGCUUCUCUGGUCUCAGCUCUGACCUCCAACCCCUCCCAUCUGAAAAAGUUGGACCUAAGCUACAAUUAUCCAGGAGACUCAGGAGUGAAGCUGCUGUCAUCUGGACUGAAGGAUUCAUGCUGGAAACUGGAAACUCUCAGGGUGGAGCCUGCUGGAGAACGAUGGUUGACACCAGGACUGAGGAAGUAUUCCUGUCAACUCACAAUCGACACAAACACAGUGAACAGAAACCUCAAACUGUCUCUAGACAACAGGAAGGUGACACAUGUGGAGGAGCUUCAUUCAUAUCCUGAUCAUCCAGACAGAUUUGAUGUUCCUCAAACGCUGUGUAGAGAUGGUCUGACUGGUCGCUGUUACUGGGAGGUUGAGUGGAGAGGAUACGUUUAUAUAUCAGUGAGUUACAGAAGAAUCAGGAGGAGAGGGGACAUUGAAGACUGUUCGUUUGGAAAGAAUGAUCAGUCCUGGAGUCUGAGCUGCUCUGAUGUUCGUUACACUGUCUGGCACAAUAAAAGAGGAAUGCAUAUAUCCUCCUCCUCCUCUGCCUCUGGUAGAGUAGCAGUGUAUGUGGACCAUCCUGCUGGUAUUCUGUCCUUCUACAGAGUCUCCUCUGACUCACUGAUCCACCUCCACACCUUCAACACCACAUUCACUGAACCUCUGCAUCCUGGCUUUGGGUUCAGGAAUACCAGUCCAGGUUCCUCAGUGUUUGUAUGCUAAGUUCUCCUGUCAGAGAAAGCCUCUCCCUGUUGAACAGAUACUUCAGUCUGUUCAUGUCUGUCUUUCAC